AGGUAACAGGAUGUGUGGGUUCAGGACUAGCUACAUAUAUAGAUCAUCACAUCUCUCAUCAAGAUAGCUGUUAUCAUCUCAAACAAGAUAGUUGCUAGCUAUUGAACUACUGUAUGCUGCUGAGAAUGAGUGUCCUUGUAUUGUGUAUGAGCUGCCUGUGUCUAUGGCUGGGGAAGCUCAGUGUACUGGUGUCUGCAGACUAUGUGGUGCAAGUGGAGGUGCUCUCCUACAGUAAUCCAUUCAACAGACGCUCAGAUGGCCAAUGUUGUGAUUCAAGCCGUGAAGAAUGUAGCGGAGUUGACCUCUGUGACACCUACUUUAUCUACUGCCUGAUGCCACAUGCCAGUACUGCUGAAGGGUGUUCCAAUAAUAAGACCGGAGAUAUUCUAGUCACUAGUUUUAUAACUGACGGAGCAGACAUUGAUUUCUCACAACCUAUUGUACUAGGACUCUCUAAUCCAUUCAAUCUGACUGGAAUAUCGACAGCCUGGGAGGGAGCUCAACUUUACAUACAAGUGCUUGAUUCUGAUAGCAGAUCAGAGGAUCUUAUUGCAAGAUAUCGAUUUGACCUUAGUCUUUCAGUGGAAUCGACAGAGCCAUUUUCUGCCUCAUCAAGUACCGAAGCAGUUAUCACUCUGAGUGCUACUGUGCUGUGUGCUCCAUUCUACUCAGGAAGCAUUUGUGACAUCUUCAAUCACUGUGAGUCCAAUGCUGUCACAUGCAGUGACCAAGGAACAUGUACAAACGACCUUGAUUCCUACACCUGUGUCUGCAAUGCUGGCUAUACUGGUGCUGAUUGUGAGGACAUUGAUGAUUGUGAGGGGCAGAACUGCAGUGGAAAUGGUGACUGUAUGAAUGAGGUCAACUCUUACACCUGUGUCUGCAAUGCUGGCUAUACUGGUGCUGAUUGUGAGGUGGAUAUUGAUGAGUGCUUGUUAAUGGAGAGGAUGUGCAGUGGCCACGGUAACUGCUCUCAUGGAAUAGCCUCCUUCACCUGCUCAUGUGAUCCUGGGUACACUGGACAGAAAUGUGAGAUUGACAUUGAUGAUUGUGUAAACGUAAACUGCAGUGGACAAGGCAACUGUACUGACAGAGUUAACGGCUUUGAUUGUGAUUGUUUCCCUGGUUACACUGAUACUAUUUGCCAGACUGACAUUGAUGAAUGUGAUGGAAUAAACUGUAGUGGAAAUGGUGGUUGUGUUGACAUGGUAAACAUGUUCCUAUGUGACUGUGAACCUGGCUACACUGGUGCUGAUUGUGAGACCAACAUUAAUGAUUGUGUGAAUAGGAACUGCAGUGGAAAUGGUGUGUGUGUGGAUGGUGUCAACUCGUUCAGUUGUGAAUGUGAGUCUGACUUCACUGGAGAGAUGUGCAACACUACACUGUCUGCAGCGUUGCGUGGUGCUCCAUGGAGUCUGAUAGGAGGAAUGGUGGGAGGUCUCCUAGUGCUGAUGCUGAUACUCCUGCUCCUGAUAGUGGUCGUGGUGGUGUGUGUGCGGAGGAGAGCUCAGGGGAAGACCAUUCAAGACACUCACUCGCAAGGAGACACCAUUUCCUACAUACCUGGAGACAACCCAGUGUAUGGGAUUCCUGAGAACAGGACUAACAGAACAAAUACAAUCACUUCAGAAACAGCAGAGUUUGACAACCCGAUAUAUGGCAGCCAGGAAUUACUCAACGAUGCAGAAUUCGUCAAUCCAAUUUAUGGAGAUGCAGAUUUUGAGGACGUACCUUAUGAACUGGCCCCUGCAAUAUCAGACUAUGAGACACCUAGUACCUGUGUAUGACAAUGUACAGAAACUGACCAGCUUCUAGUCCUCGUUGUCAUGAAAUUAAACCGACUGGAAUUAAGUUCUAGACCAGAAAAGGCACCUCACUAAAACUGCAGUUAAUUAAGUUACUCAUCACCAUAGCCAUUAAUGAUCCUUAAAUUCAUUUUCUCUAUUAAUGACCUUUACCAACAUAGCUCAAAUUGGGCAUAACACAUGAUUGUCUACGCAAUGAAUUUGUCUUGUCAAGUCAUUGUCUUACAUAACACAAGUACCACACAAUAAGUUUUGCCUGUUUCAGCCGUUGAAUACACUCAGGUAAAUUUAAGGGGAAUAUCCAACCACUUUAUAAAGCUAUAACAUGCAGUGUAUUUGCAUUGAUAAAUGUGAUGAUUGACUAGCAGAAUAUUAAGCUGUGACAACCUCUCAAAAUGACUCAAGCUACUGACUACACUAAGCUGACACUCUCUGAUAGGGAGAACACUAGCAAUGGAGAGCUGGAGCAUGUCAUUCUUGUAAUGGAAGACAAGGAAUCUGAAUGUAACAAGGUGCAGAAUAAUCGAAGAAAAAUAGCUGGAAUAGCUGCAGUAACGGUGUUAGUAACUGUGUUAGUAAUAAGUGCAGUCUCUUCAAGUGAAGUGCACACUGAAGCUGCUUUGAGAGAGAAAUUCAAUGACUACCAUAAUCAGACUGGAAUUGGUUCGUUUCAUCAGCUGGAAACACAGGUAGCUAACAAUGCAACUCGACUUGAGCACACUGUCAAAAAUGUUGACGAAUUGAAAUCUAAUACAGACGAAAAGCGUAAGGAUCUCUCUAAAGAGGUGAACAGAACAGACCAGAACACAAAAUACCCUCACAAACGAUUUGAAAGAGUCGAUAAAGAGCUCGAAAAUUUAUACGAAUAGCAACAUGGUUAAAACAAAGAAAUUGAAACAUUUAUAGCAAAAAAUGAGUCGUCUUGAUUAUCAUGAUAAUAAAAUCAAACUGAAACAGAUGAAAAACAAGUCUACCUUAACAGAGAAAACUAAUGCUCAUGGCCAUAGACUCAAGGACUAUUAGGUCAAAUAGAAAUGUGAACCAUAACUUUACGAUUAAAUUGUAGUUAGCAUUAUACUGAUUGUUUUAUCAGAUUUAUUGCUGAUUUGUGUCUGUUGUUGUGUAAUGCAAUUUAGACAGGCUGGGGUCUUUCUAGAAAA